GAAGAGACCCGAUUUUCAAGAAAGGGCGGCGGCGGGCACGUCAUUAUUUCGCAAGGCGGCCUCUCUCCAAUUCGCUCAUCGCCUGCCUUCUACAGAAUUCGCUCCUCCAAACUAGCGGCGUCUUCAGAGCAGCAGUGGCCGAAGAAGAAGAAGAAGACGAAUGAAUGGGCGAGACGAGGAUUUCUUAAAGUCAAAACGAAAAAAAUGAGCCUCGAUACACCGGGCGCGGAUUAUUCUCUGUUUGCGAUGAUUGAUUUAUUAGAGGCGUAUCCCGGAGGCGCACGCUCGGGGCGUAGAAGCGCUGAGCUGAAGUUUAGUGCUUCAUCACCCAUUGCUUAGGGGCUCGCCCUCAAGCACAGAUCGUACAGCAAUGGCGAUGCUCUGUGCUUCUCGCCGCCUCUCAUCAAUGUCGUCUGGCAUGUUAUCUAUGAGUGCAAACCGAUUCUUCAGCAUUCGACUGCUCUCAACGGCUUUCAGAGAGGAGAAAGACACUUUUGGGCCGAUUCUUGUUCCAGCAGACAGGCUAUGGGGUGCACAAACUCAGAGAUCUUUGCAGAAUUUUGAUAUUGGUGGAGAACGUGAACAAAUGCCUGAGCCAAUCAUACGUGCUUUUGGCAUCCUUAAGAAAUGUGCUGCUAAGGUGAACAUGGAGUAUGGUCUUGAUCCAUCCAUUGGAAAUGCAAUUAUGCAAGCUGCCCAAGAAGUUGCCGAUGGGAAACUUAAUGAUCAUUUCCCACUUGUUAUAUGGCAGACUGGCAGUGGGACACAAAGCAACAUGAAUGCGAAUGAGGUGAUUGCAAAUAGAGCAGCUGAGAUUCUCGGAAAAAAACGUGGUGAAAAAUUUGUUCACCCUAAUGACCACGUCAAUAGGGCACAAUCUUCAAACGAUACUUUCCCAACAGUCAUGCAUAUUGCUGCAGCGACUGAAAUCAAUUCAACGUUUGUUCCAAGUUUGAAACAAUUGCAUGCCUCUUUAGAAUCAAAGGCAGCCGAGUUCAAUGACAUUAUUAAGAUCGGCCGCACUCACACACAAGAUGCAACUCCUUUAACUCUUGGUCAAGAGUUCAGUGGCUACUCUACACAAGUUAAGUAUGGAAUUGAACGAGUUGUGGGUACUCUUCCUCGCAUGUAUCAGCUUGCACAAGGUGGUACUGCUGUUGGAACUGGCUUGAACUCAAAAAAGGGGUUUGAUGCCAAGAUUGCCGCAGCGGUAGCAGAGGAAACUAGCUUACCAUUUGUCACUGCGGAGAAUAAAUUUGAGGCCCUAGCUGCUCAUGAUGCCUUUGUAGAAACUAGUGGAGCCGUAAACACAGUUUCCGUAUCUCUAAUGAAAAUUGCUAAUGAUAUCCGGCUAUUGGGAAGUGGACCACGUUGUGGGCUUGGUGAACUUCUCCUGCCUGAAAAUGAGCCUGGCAGCAGCAUAAUGCCUGGCAAGGUUAAUCCUACACAAUGUGAGGCUCUUACUAUGGUCUGUGCUCAGGUUAUGGGAAACCAUGUUGCGAUCACUGUAGGCGGUUCAAAUGGUCAUUUUGAGCUGAAUGUCUAUAAACCAUUGAUUGCCAGUGCUCUUCUUCGGUCUCUCAGACUACUUGGAGAUGCAGCAGCUUCAUUUGACAAGAACUGUGUGAAGGGUAUUCAGGCAAACAGACAAAGGAUUUCUAAACUUUUACAUGAGUCUUUGAUGCUUGUUACGGCUUUGAACCCUAAAAUCGGGUACGACAAAGCCGCAGCUGUUGCAAAGAAGGCUCACAAAGAAGGCACCACUCUCAAGGAAGCUGCUUUGAGCCUGAACGUCUUGUCCCCCGAAGAGUUCGAUCAACUUGUUGUACCAGAGAAAAUGAUUGGCCCGUCUGACUAGUAGUUGACAAGACACUCUAUUUCUGCUUUAAGAGAUAAUUUAUUCUCUCAAAGCCAUUGCUCUGAAGGUUUCUAAUUUUGCUCUACCAAGAAUUUUGGGCGUCAUUAACAAGCCACUGAAAAGUGAAUAAAAUUCACAAUGCAUUUUUGUUACACAUUUGUAACCGUUCUAUUUAAACACCUUAUCUCGUAAGGUGUCCCCAAUGUUGUAACUUUUGUAAAGGGGUCCUUCCCCAGCCAGAAUCUCUGGCUUAGAUAAUAAUGAGAUAAUGUAGAGCAAGCGUUGUGUUUUCGCUUCUUCUUUUA